CACAAUCCAAAGGGAAGUUUGUACUUAGCAAUGGCUCAGUAUCCAUCAAUGUGACUUCCAGUAAGAUUUGGUUAUAAAAUUACAAAUUCUAGUAUUCUUACUAAAAUGGGCGAAGAAGAAACUAUUAGAAUCUACAAGGAAAAUUGUGAUGAAAUAAUCAGUUACACUGGAACCGAGUUAUUUUCACAGUAUGGUUCUAUGUCAAUUUAUCAACAUUGGUGGUUUACAGAUUAUGCUUCUGAUAUUGCAGAACAUUUAUAUGACAAGGAAAAAUGUAGGCCUACGUUUAAUUCACAGUCUCCUCAGCUUUAUCUCAGAAAUGUUUUAGUAAGUUUGAUCUGCGAGGUGGCCGAACAGAAAGGCCUGAACACCACAUGCGUUCAUUUGGCAGUAUUUAUACUAGACAUUUUCAUGGACAACCAUAACAUUGCAGUGGAACGAUUGAAAUUAGUUGCUCUAGUAUGUCUAUUACUUGGUGCCAAAUUGGAAGAUAGUGAACAUAAAGUACCCAAGAUGUCUGAACUCAACACAAUGAUUAGCAAUCAAUACCCAUUAAAAGAUUAUAUUUCUGUUGAAGUAAUGAUUAUGGAAUUCUUUUCAUUCAACAUAUCCAUGAUUACUUAUUCUCAUUUCAUGGAAUAUUUUAUAUUUCUUGUUGUUAGUGAGUCGGAUUUUGAGUUAGCUAAAAAGAACUCUGAUAAGUAUGAUGAUUUUAAACAAUUCAAAUUUGUGGCUCAUGAAACAGUAUUCGAAAUUAUGGAUUUAUGCUUGAAAGAUAUAGGCAUAGUACAUUCAGUACCUUCGCUGAUUGGUUCUGCAAUAAUUUAUGCAACAAGAAGAGUAUUAAAUAUUUCUCCAGUAUGGACAACAGAUAUCAGAAAUAUGACUGCAUAUAUGGAAGAUGAAGUUCAGCCGUGUGCAGAAAAGAUUAUUCAAUUAAGAGACGCUAAUCAAAAGAAACGAAAACUCAGUUCAUCUCCAGAAUCUGUGUAUGAAUUAGUGAACUAUCCAGAGUAUACACCAAAAAGAAUGAAGAUAUCAAGUUCUGAAAGAGCUGCGAUUAUAAAUCCAGUGGCAGAUGCUGUACCACGAAAUAUUUCAUUAGACGAGUUUAAAAAGUUGUGGACUGAAAACUACUUUAGUGAAUAUGAAUGAUUGUCUGAUGUCAUUAUAUUAUUAAACAUGUCAAAAUGAGAAUGAACUAUAAGACUUAUUGU